AUGGGUGAGGUGACGAUUACUCUGGAGGAUGUCCACCAUCUGCUUGGACUGCCUACAGAUGGAGAGGUUGUAUCUGGCCGCGUUGGAGGUCAUCCCUUCUCCCAGAUGGUGGGAGGUUUUUUGGGCGUUCGGCCGGGUCGGUCGCGCGACUUAUAUAAAAACCAAAUUUCGCUUACAUUUCUGAGGGAACGGUAUCUAAAUUGGCAUGAAUGGUCUGGCAAUGAAGUUGACCGUAUGCGAUACACACGUGCAUUGAUUUUGCGCAUUAUAGGUGGUUGCCUCUUCGUUGAGACUGCAUCUAGUUUCGUCCAUGCGCGGUAUCUCCUAUUUUUGGAUGAUUUUCAGAGGACUAGGACGUAUUCUUGGGGUUCCACUGUCCUGGCUACUUUGUACAGGGAGUUGUGCAAGGUUACUGACCCAGGACGAUCGGAUAUGGGUGGCUGUACUCUGUUACUACAAUUGUGGGCAUGGACACGUUUCCCUACUAUCUCCCCAGGAAUCCCAGCGAUCACCGAUCCAGAUGCUAUUUUUGGAGCAAGGUUUAAUGAAUAUGUGUCCAUACGACGUCGUUACUCCCACAUCAGACGAUAUCGUCAUCACAUUGACGUUAUGCUUACCCGCAGGAUACAGUGGAGGCCAUACGACGGAUUCGUUGGGCAUCCCCCCUCGUCCGAGGAGUCACGCAGAUGGUUAGCUGUAUGCCCACUCAUACACUACCAGAUUGUUGUCUACCAGCAGCCGGAUAGAGUGCUGAGGCAAUUUCAUUUUAGGCAGCCGAUACCGAGCGAUCCUUUCAUGAGUUCAGAGCUGCUGACCAUCACCCUGACUGGUAAGGGUGAUGUUGACUGGAGGGACCGUCAUGGACUUUAUAUAGCGCAGUGGCAUUCCAGGGAUGCCCUCAUUGUGCAGGGUCUACAACCCUUGCAGGGAGAAGGUCAUCUGUCUCUCAACAGCACGUACAUGCAGUGGUAUUUUCAGCAUACGCGUAGAUGGAUGAUGCAGAGAUCGGCCAUUCGUUCUCAUGUGAGUGAUCGCAUGGAGACUGUUCUGCAUAUGGCAUCAGACGAGGCCCAAGGAGCAUUCACAUAUCGCCAGAUAUACGAUGAGACCCUUCAGAUGAUGUCCGCAUUCGAUGAGUUUGGCAGACUGACAGCGCCUGGAGAGGCUGCACCUCCGCCGGCAGUGGUGCAGACAGUGGAACCGCCUCGUCAUCCGCGUGUUAGCCAGCGUGCACGCCACGAGGGACUGCCACUGCAUCAUCAGGCUCCCACUAUGGCUGAUAGGCCUGUGCUUGUGCAGUCUCUUCCCCCCGUCCAGCCGUCACCCUCAUCUGGUCCUACAGGUUUGCUUGCGCAGGAGGACAUUGCGGGUACUGUGGACGAUAUUGAUGCAGACCCAGGAGCGGAAGCAGACGUUGCACCCGGAGGAGACGGUGAAGACGUGGUCAGGCGUAAUCCAGAUAGACAGGCCAGGGAGCGCUGUUUCUUGUCACCAUAUGAGCAUAACCAGGCACGUUGUGCCAAGUAUCAUGGGCGGCCGCGACAGCAGUGA